UGCACGCAAGAGAAGGACCUGCAGCGAGCCAAAUGCAGUUUUAAUGAAGCAGUCAUCAUUAGAAGAUAGUCGCCAAAGCGACCCUGUGCAACAUUAUGAUAAUGCAGGUGUAAUGAAGAAGUCCUUAGUAGAAGAUAGAGCGCAAAAAAGGUUCCGGGGUGAGCCUAUGCAACGAUAUAAUAAUGCAGUUGUGAUGAAGCAAUCUUCAUCAGAAGAGAGGCCCACAAAAAGUUAUGAUCUUUCUUCUGAUGCAUCCUCUCAUAGCCGUCAACCUAGACCAUUCCUUUCAUCAAACAGUAAAUAUCUCAAGGUUGUACUUUAUAAAAGACAUGGUAUUGCUGCUUUAAGAUCUGUAGCUGAUAUGUUGACCAAGAGUACACAAGAUUCAAUCAAGGCGAUUGCCAAAUGUCAACGUGUUAUUGAUGAUGCUAAUAGAAGUCCUCAAUGAUUCUAUGUAAUUUUUUUAUUUGGGCACAUUAAUUGCCUUGUAAUUUUCCUAGUUAUUUUAUUUGUGUAUGUAAUUGUGUGUAUCAUUGAUACCAGAUUUUAGGCUCAUGAAAUUUAAUGCAA